AUGAGUUCGCCCCUUGCGGCGGAGUUGUCUGAGUUGGCGGUAUUGUCCCCGGGCUUCCGGCUGUAGGCGCCCCACACGCUCGCCCCGGCGGCUCCUGGAUCUGCCGCCCACGCCCGCGGUCAGGCACAGCCGCCGCGCCUGGGCAGCUGAGGGCGGAGCGUGCGUCCCGGCUCCAAGUCCAGGGAGAGGAGGGUCGUCCCUGGAGGAGGCGAACCGCCGCGUGCUCUGUCUGCACUAUCUCCGCAGCCUGGUCUAGGUCUCUCCAUGGCGUCUCAUCAGCAAACCCGGAUCCAGGCUUACCUGGAGAAGAACAAAAUCGGUCCGCUGUUUGAGGAAUUAAUGACCAAAUUAAUAACUGAGACACCUGACCAGCCAAUCCCAUUUCUUAUUGAUCAUCUUCAGUCUAAACAGGGAAAUCGUGGACAACUUCAAAGAACUUUGUCUGGUUCUGCAGCUCUCUGGGCAGAAAGUGAAACAUCAGAAUAUAAAGGAACAAGAAGGGAUUUCAGAAAUUAUGAUAAACCCUGGCAACUAAAUGCGAAGAAGCCUAAAAAGUCGAAAAGUGACAUUGCUGUGUCUAAUAUUUCUCCACCAUCAUCGGAAUCCAAAGCAUGUAAGGAAGCUUUAGAGCAUCCUAAAUGGAACUGGCGGACUAAACCAGACAGCCGUGAUUUUGAUGAAUUGAACCACAUCCUUCAAGAGAGCAAGAAGCUGGGAAAAGCCCUUGAGAAUCUCUCUCGAAGUAUUGCAAUUUCAGAUGAACUAGAUAAGGAAACAGUGGCUUUUAAUUCAUCUCUUCUGAGACCCCGUGUGAUAGGAGAAUGGAUUGGUCGAGAAGAAAAUGAUGCUGAUCCACUGGCUGCUGAAAUGCUGCAGCCCCCAAUUCCAAGAAGCAAAAACGAGCAGUGGGAAAGUGAAGAUAGCAGCUCUAGCCCUGCAGGAAGUUUAAAGAUGGAACCAAAGACUAAGGGAUUAAAACAGCAGCAACAGCAACAUAAGAAACUCCUGGCGGCAAUGCUGUCUCAAGAUUCUUUUGAGUCCAUCCACAGCCCUACCCCAUCUGUAACAGAAGAAGAUAUUGAUAAUGAAGAUGAUGCAAUGGAAUUGCUGGAGGAUCUUGACGAUUUAAGAAUGGAGGGAGUAACUACUCUCAUACCCUCUGGGAGCAAAUUUAACCAAGGUCGUGCGCCUCACCCUGCUGAACCUCAGGCCAAGGUCACCCUGAACAUCUGCUCUAGGUGUGCCAGGCUUCAAGGAGACAACUUGGCAGAAAGGACAGAAGAGACGUCACAGAUACUUUAUUCUCCAGAUGAAAUAAUCCCAGAUUCUUUGGAUUCAUUACCUGGAACUGAAGAAACCCUGAUGGAGGAAGGUGAAGAAUUUGAGAAAGCAUCUAAAUUAACAGGACAUGGUUUUAAGAUUCUGGAACGAAAUACUAAACAGCAGGUGAAGGCUACAACCUGGAGGCCAAAAAAGACGUUAAAUAAACUUAAAUCAUCCAAAUUACCCUGGGACUUGAGAAUACAUCUAGAGACCGGAAAAGAAUUCCUAAGUCUCUUGUGGUCACAGUGA